AUGGAGUGGCAGGACGGAGACGUGGUGAUCUUUGCGGAUUGCUUGCCCAACAGGUACGCUGAAUUUGGCCAUGCUGUGUUGGAGAGAUUGCUCGAUAGCACCAUUCGACGGCCUCCCAUGUACUAUGUGGGUGUGCUGCGAGAAGACCAGAGGGAAAUCCAAGCUGCGCUGGAGAGAAAGGUGUACGAGUUUUGGGAUGCCUCAGACUCUGCGCCCCCAAAAAGCCGAGCAACCGAACCCGUUCAGGAGCCCACUUUGGAAUUGCUGGGAUGGGCCAACGGAGGUCCAGUCUUCCCUGACCAGUUGCUGCAGAAGUUUGCCGAAGGCUCCACCGCUGCUGCUGAAAUUCUAGCAAUGAAGAAAGAGCUUCUGACAGAGUUUCCAAGCGCUUCCCAGCAGACUCAGACCGGGAGGGCUUCCAAAGGUCGUCUUGCUGGGAACAGGGCUAGCGGCCGUCCGGACUACUCGAUUGAAGGUGGUGCGAAACCGUUGGACACCACAGCUGCCAUCCAAAGGGAUCAUAUUCCUCAGAGCGCUUUCAAUGUCACCAGGAAGGCGUAUUGCGCUGCUGGUAAGGGCAAACCGGCCUUGGUUGUUGGCUCUGACAUGGCCAUCUACCUGGGGAACGAAUCUGACCAAGAGUUGACUUUGGAAGCCAUGGAACUGUGCGGUUUCAAUACGGGCGAGUACCAGCAAAAAGCGAUCGCAGGCAUGGGCGAAUCGGAGCUGUCAGGCGUUUGCUUCAGGUUUGGGUCGGAUUUAUCACUGGUGGCGUACCAAAAGAAGCUGUACUCGCUUGCUGACUUUUUGCAUUACUGCUCCACGGUGCACGGUGUCGCGGACGUUGCUGAUGCAGUCCCAGUGCCUUACAGGUACAACCUCACCCCAGCAAGGAAUGGGGUGUGCAACGUGUUCAUCCCAAAUGUAUUGGGGCCCAAUGUGGAAUUCCAAACUGGAUCAACGAACCCGAAGAUCGUGGGCUUGAAGCCAAAGAUCUACCUCACGGGCAAAAUCGCGCUUCCACCGAACACGUGGACUAAGUUGUGA